GGAGAGCGGACGGAACUUAAACUAACAAAGUCAAUAAUGGCGGCGUUAACAAAAGUGAUAUACGCUAGUAAAACAAUAAAUAAUGUAGUAAAGUUAUUAACAAAUUUAUCCAUUAAGAAUGAAAUGGUAUCUAUUACAAUCCCCGCUUGUAAUAUGAUGUCUUUCAAUUCUUUUGUACACACAACGUCAAAGCGAAAUGAUACGCAAAAUUUAAUGCAAUUUUUUGACGAUGAAGCAAAUUGGGGAAAACGGAAAGUACAAGUCGGACGAUCUUGGAAACUUGAUGAAUUGAGAAUAAAGAGUAAUGAAGAUCUUCACAAAUUAUGGUAUAUUUUGGUAAAGGAAAAAAAUAUGUUAAUAACAAUGGAAGAACUUUAUAAAAAAAAAUAUUUACCAUUUCCCAAUGAAGAACGAAUAGAUAAAGUUGAAAUAAGUAUGGAAAAUAUAGAAACCGUUGUUCGAGAAAGGAACAAAGCUUAUCAUUUACUUGAGACUGGUACCUCGGGCGAGAGACCAGCUUAUGUCACAAAAAAUGCAAUUGGUUUACCAUUUGUUUAUCGUUUACGACAACACGUUAUUCCGAAAUUUAUGAAUACAAAAUGGAAAAAAGAACACGUACAUGCACACAGUGGUUAUGCAGUGAGAAAGUUCUUGAGAUUGUAUCACGAGAAAUUCCACAAUGAGAGGAGGAAAUUAAGAAACCGACAAGAAAAUCAAGUUGCGCUCAUUUUGCGCACAUUUCCCAAUCCCGAUAUGGAAGCAAUCAAAGCAAAAUAUCCCGGUGUUGAUAUAGCUCGAGUUGUAAGAAACAGAAAUAAAAAAUGUCGAGGACACUUUAUACCAACUUGGUGGGAUAUUUAUAAUCAGUAAACUACGGUAUUUAUAAAACAAAAAAAUUUAUUGACUACUAUGUAGUAACUGAUUUAUAUUUCAAAUAAAUUAUGAAUCUAA